CUUGACGUCAGCAGGGCCAAGCAGGCCUGCAAAAGCACCCUGGCCCCGGCCCCUUUCCCAUCAUAAGAAAGGACGCUUCAGCCUUCACCGUUUGGCAUUGGCAUUGUAGUCCUAUGUUUACAAAUGUCCGGGCAGCACAAAGUGCAUCAAAGUGAAUCAGUGCCAGUCGUAUUGUCCCUAGCUGUCAACCGUUCUGGAGCAGCAACCUUUGCUCCGUGCGGCGCAUUUCUACGUGCUGGUAAUAUUUGUAUGAAGGUCUUUCUCGUUAAGCAGGGCACUUCACCACACAGUCAGCCGUGCUAAUUGGAACUAAAUAGUUGACCAGUGAGAGUACCGGGUGUCAUUUGAAGUGGUAGCUCUGUGUAGAAGAACACCAUCACAGCGCACUUUGAGGGAGCAAAGAAUGGGGGUGAAGGGUUUAACAAAGCUCCUGGCGGACAAUGCCCCACGAUGCAUGCGAGAGCAGAAGUUCGAAAACUACUUUGGUAGGAGGAUUGCUAUUGAUGCAAGUAUGAGCAUAUACUCCUUCCUGAUUGUGAUUGGCCGGACCGGGCAGGAGACCCUCACGAACGAAGCAGGGGAGAGCACAAGUCAUCUUCAAGGCAUGUUUACGAGGACCAUCCGAUUGGUGGAGGCUGGCAUGAAGCCCUUGUAUGUUUUUGAUGGGAAGCCACCAGAGUUGAAGACUGCGGAGCUUAAGAAAAGGCUGGAAAAGCGCACGGACGCCACCGCCGCGCUGGCCACUGCGCAGGAGACGGGAGAGGCCGCCGACAUCGAGAAGUACAGCAAGCGCACGGUGCGCGUGAGCCGCCAGCAGAACGAGGACUGCCGCAAGCUGCUCCGCCUGAUGGGCGUGCCUGUAGUGGAGGCACCCGCCGAGGCGGAGGCAGAGUGCGCCAACCUCUGCAAGCUGGGCAAGGUGUACGGGGCUUCCACGGAGGACAUGGAUGCUCUCACGUUCGGCACCCCGCGCCUGAUCCGCCACCUCAUGGAGCCCGCCGCGCGCAAGAUCCCUGCCAUGGAGUUCGAGCUAGAUAAGAUUCUGGAGGAGCUGGCCUUGACAAUGGACCAAUUCAUCGACCUCUGCAUUCUCAGCGGCUGCGACUACUGCGACCCCAUCAAAGGCAUCGGGGGUAUCACCGCGCUCAAGCUCGUUCGGCAACACGGCAGCAUCGAGAAGAUCCUGGAAGCCAUCGACACCGCCAAGUACCAGAUUGCCUCCGAUUGGCCGUACAAGGAGGCGCGCAAGAUGUUCCAGGCGCCCGAGGUGACCCCCGCGGACCAGAUCCCCGAGUUCAAGUGGGUUGCGCCGGACGAAGAGGGCAUCAAGAAGUUUUUGGUGGACGAGAACGGGUUCAACCACGAGCGGGUCACCAAGGGUAUUGAGAAGCUGAAGGCGUCGCGCGCAAAGGGGGCGCAGGGCCGCCUCGACACGUUCUUCAAGAUCACCCCCGGAGCCGGCGGAGCAGCGCCUAAACGGAAGGCCGAAGAUGAUAAAGGGACGAAAGGAGCACCUGCAAAGAAAGGCAAGGGGGCGAGCACGAAAGCCGCUGCGCCAAAGGGGAAGAAGAAGUAGGUGUAUUCGUAGACGACUGGAGUAGCCCCACGUGCAGUCGAAAGGAGUUACAAGUGCCCCGCGAAGACGGUGGUCGAUUGCAAGCAGCUUGUGUGCAUUGGGAAUGAAAGGCUGCUUAGCGGAGCAGAGCCACAUUGAACGUUCUUCCAAACGUUGUGAAUAGGUACAUGUAAGAAGCUUCGCUGACUUUGAACUGAGUUGAUGAGCUGAAGUGCUUACUGGAGGAGUUGUCCCGAACGGACUUGUUUAUUUCUUUCACACAGGAUUACUGCACUGAUUCGCAUGGCGCUCAGUACUUCCAUAUGAGGCGUAAGUAUACGGCUG